AUGAAAAGAAUGUUAAAGAAAAUAAAUGUUGUGAGAGAAGAAGAAGCAGCAGAAGCAGGGAGUUGGAGGGAGCAGCAGCAGCAGCAGCAGCAGCAGCAGCACAGGCGAGGCGGCAAGGCCGCGGGGUGCUUCGAUCUGCAGGCGGCCGAAGCUGCAGCAGAAGCAGCAGCAGCAGCAGCGCAGCAGCAAAUGAAUGAACAGCUGCAGCACUUGGCUGCAAGAUUAAAAGAAAUGAAUCUCUCCAGACCUCAAGUCGAAACUUUCGAAGAAAUACGAGUGCAAGGCAGCAACAAGCGCCUCGGCGAUUUGUCCCAAGUGCAAAUUAAGGGAAGUUCAGUUGUUGUCCUUUCCUUGUUUUCCGAGCAUAGCCUUCCCAAGGUGAUAUCAGCUUUAAGAAAAGUGGAUGACAACUGGAGGAUUGUGGAGGAGGGGCCGACAACAAUUCGUGUGCAGCUUCCAAAAAUGACUGAAGAGCUGCGCAACUCUUUUGCUGCUCAAGCCAAAGCAGCAGCAGAGGAGUGCAAAGUCCACAUUCGCCGGGUUCGGCAGGAAGCGCGGGGGAAGCUGCGGGUUCUUUUUAAAGACAGCAGCAGCAGCGAAGGCUCCAAAAGAGAUGAAGAGCAGCAGCUGCAGCAAAUCACAGACGCAGCAAUUAAGCAGGCGACGCAGCUCUUGAGCGAGAAGCUCAAGCAGCUCGCUGCCACCCGCGCCUAG